UCCAUGUCCAGAGCACAAGGGCAGCGGUCCGAGCCCGAACGCAGGAUCGCCGUGAUGGCAGCUCAUGCUAGCGAGCUGGAAGUAGCGAAGAAAAACUUAACUGAGGCGGUAGGAGACAAUGUAAAGCAGUAUUGGGCCAACUUGAAGCUGUGGUUUAAACAGAAGAUCAGCAAGGAGGAGUUCGACUCGGAGGCCCGCAGACUUCUUUCCCAAGACAACGUGCAUGUCCACAAUGACUUCCUGCUGGCUAUACUCACACGUUGCCAGAUCAUGGUUUCCACGCCAGACAUUGUCAGCUCUCUACAGUGGACUGGUGGCUCUGCCUCUAAGCUUGGAAAGCCGAACAGGAAGAAGAAAGUUUCGUCUGUCAGACAGAAAUUUGAUCACCGGUUCCAGCCACAAAACCCCCUGAGUGCAGCCCAGCCGUUCAGUCCACGGGAGUCAGGCCCUGGAGACGAGGAGGAGCUGCGGCUGAGCGCCCACACCUUGUUGUUGCCCACCCGGGGUCAACUGGAGGCCCGCAUGAUGGUCAUAGCUUUUGAGCUUGGUCUGGACAAUGUUGCAGAGGAUGCCGUCAGCAUGCUUUCCUAUGCUGUAGAGGUUCAUUUGAAAGAUGUGCUGACUGCAGUGAUUUCCCGCCGAAAGGCAUACCGUCUGCGUGAUGGCCACUUCCCCUACUCUUUUGGCAAUGACAUCACUCCACAACCCUACUUGAAGAACAGUAUGGGAGCCUAUUACAGCAUCAGUGAGAGUGCGUCUCUCCCUGUUGGCCCACCCCCCCAGAUUUCCCCUGAUGAGGUGGAGCAGCAGGCUGCCCUCCUGCUGGCAUGCUCUGGAGAUCGCCUGCCUGCCCCGCUGCCCCCUAUAAGUAUGGCUGACCUGUUAGAGGCACUGCAGGUCCAUCGCAACGUGGUCCCCUCCCACACCGUGUAUGCCCUCAAUGUGGAGCGCGUCCUUGCCCACCUCUGGCACCCCAGUCACGAAGAGCUGGAGCAAGACCAAGUGCACCGACAACGUCUGGCCAGCAAGGAGGGCCUGCUUAUCUACUGACUCUGCAUUUGCCCUCAUCUGGGAGACCCCAGUGCUCACUCUGGGAGUGACUGUGCUGCAGGAAACUAAGCAGAUGAACCCUAGAGGGCAUGAAAGCUGAUAAACCACUGUUGUCUGACCGAUUUAAUGUCACGACCAAGACUUUCACACAAGCAGAAUUGAACGGGGAAGGAUGUUUGGUUUGGGUCAAGCGCCUGUAGGUCAUGCAGGUGGACUGUGAAGGUCACCCAUGAGGUUUUCUGUACACCAUCACUCUUUAAUGGACCUGCACUUCACCUACUCAUACUGCCCUGAGGCAGCCAGCAUGAUGAACCUUACGUUGGGUAAUUUAAUCCUUUAAAGGACAACACCCACAAAAAUUUCCUUGUAUUCCUGUUCUGAAUGUUUAGAAUGGGCCAUAAA